GCCAGGGCCUGCAGGUACAGUGGGAUCCAGCCAGCAGAAAUCUGUGGUGAGAAAGGAGGCAGGAGAGUAAAGAGAACCCAUCUCUGAAGGAGGCACAGGGAAUAGUUGAUGGCUGGGUUAGACAGGUAGAACCCACGAUAGGUGCAGUGGAUAGGAGGUUUCCGAGGCUGCAAGAUGGGAGUUGGAUGCUGGAGGAACCGUCUGUGGCUGUUGGCUGCCCUGGUCCUGACAGCCAGACUAGGUCAUUUUCAAAGAUGGGAAGGCUUCCAGGAGAAGUCCAUGAGCAAGGCAAAUAUGAAUUCAACGCUCCAGUUCUUCAUGGAAACCUACAACAAUGCUAGCAAUGACACCUAUUUAUUUCAAGUCGACAAGUUACUUCGAAGUCAGAUGCAGCUCACGACUGGAGUGGAAUAUAUGAUAUCUGUGAAGAUUAGCCGGACCAAAUGCAAAAGAAACAGCACAAGAAAUUCAUGCCCCAUUCAAAGCAAAAAGAAGCUGAAAAAGAGUUUCAUUUGUGAUUUUUUGGUGUACACCGUGCCCUGGAUGAACUAUUACCAACUCUGGAACAACUCUUGUCUGGAGGCUUGAAUGCACUGGUGCAAAGAUAUUUGAUGAAAACUUAGAUGGUCCACUGUGCACUUUCUAUUAGACUUCUAAGUGCCUCUACCCCCUCAACAGAGUCUCCAUACACCUGCUCACACUUGUGCACACAUGCACACUCACACAUGUGUACAUGCACACUCACAACACACUCAUGCACAGGCAUAACCA